AUGAUGGGAAAGGAAAACAACAGAGAGAAUAGCUCCUCCCCAGGCGCUGUGGCGCGACAGCCGAGGAGUUACCUGUCGCCAACCAUCUCAUCACUCGACAAACCAAAGAGAAAGCAAGCCCAGAGAACACCAGCGUCACCAAACCAAACUCCGGUAACUCCUGUCCAUAAAAGGCUUCCUUUGGAGGGCGUCCAAGGCGGAAGGAGCCUUUGUCGAGCCUUCGAGGCGGCGGAAACCAAUGCAUUGUCAAAGCAAAUUCGGCAGAUGGUGGAGUCAGUGCUGGCUCUUUUCAAGAAAAAUGAAGCCAUUCAAGCACGAUGGUGGUCAUUGUCAACAGUUGUGGAUGCUUGCCAGCGUCUUUCGAACCUUGACCGGUCAACUGCCCUUGUCGCAGAUACGUAUUGUCUUCAGUUUUCCAUGGACAAGGUUCUUGAAGGGUUAUUGCAUCCAUCAUUCAAUGAUGUUGUUGAUGCAGUUUUGCUGGGAGUGAGAUCAAAAAAGAUUUACAUUCAUCAAAUUGGAACAGAAACGGCUAUUUAUGCAGACUUCUCAAGAUCCGUUCCAAGGUUGCCACGAGCUGCUGUUGUGAACGCUUCGGAAUGGAUGAAGAGAUUGAGUGCCACUCAGCUGUCACUGAAGCCAUACAUGUCUCUCGAACUGUAUUCAAUGAUCAACUUUUGGUACUCUACGGAGGUGAAGAAGCUGUUUGGUGCAAGAGAAGGGGAAACGGCUAAAGAUGCUGCUCAACAUCUCCAGGCACUGUUGAGGAAUGCUGCCAAGAGCACGGAACAUGCCAAAGAGCUGAUUCAUGGUCUUGGCAAGUCGGAUCCCGAGACAUACUUUGUUGACAACUACGAUGGAGAACCAAUCGAAAUGCACUUUGAUGAUCUCAGCGUUGAAAAACUGGCUGCCGAGAUCAACAUGAGAGCAUCAUAUUUGCUCCGUGCCAUUACUCUGGCGCUUGAAACCGAUGCAGAGAAACAGAGUCUCCAAUUUGGAGAAAAGCGCAAACAAGCAAUGGCAGAAAUCCAAACAGUGACAGGUGAUCGUUCCAUAACCAAUCCAACAACAAUCCACACGUGGCUGCGGCAGCUUCGAGUACAUCGAAGGUUCCCUAAUCCAUUGAUGAAAGAAAGGAUUGCCCUGUUUGACAACCACCCAAAAGCUGCCGUUGCCAUUCGAGAAUAUGGGAACAAGGACAUCCAACACCUCUCACUUGAAAUUAUGGGAGACUUUGUCCGUGGCACUCUUAUUCCACAGCUUGCUGCGGAGCAAAAGGUUACGACUGAGAAAUUUCUGAAAGCAAAUGAACUCGAAGACCUUGGCUACAACACCAUCCAUCGUUGGCUCCGCUUCCUUGGCCUCGGGUGCAAAGGUUCUGUGGAAACGGAAAGGGCAAAGCAAACAGAGCUCAGAUUUGUGACUAUCCAGGCAGCUAGAAAGAUGUACAAGCUGCACAGUGGCAUUGCUAUCUUCAACCGCGAUGCCAACAAAAUACCCUUCACUAGCAGUGGGAGCAUUGCCUAUUGGAUGGAAAAGGAGAAAAACAAGAAAUAUAUUAGGUAG